GGUGUAGUUUGUUGUUGUCUCUUAUCUUAUACCACUUUUUCAUCUCCAGCUUGAUCCAAGUUCUAAUUGCGGAUUUUAAGGCAAGUUUUGCCUGGGGUGAAUUGUUUUUACAACUGAUCUUCAUAUAUGAAAUUUUUAUGACACAUUUGGAAAAGAAAAUAUUUUCCAUAAUGAAUAAUAAUCUGACUGUAUAUGUACUGUACUGGAAGCGAUAUGUUGAUGACGUAUUUUGUAUUUGGACUGGCUCGGAUUCAGAACUCGAAUCAUUUCUAAAGCUUAUUAACUCAUUUUAUGACGGUGUUCAGUUCACUUUGGAAUUGGAAAAUGUGGAUAAAUCACUCAACUUCCUGGAUAUUCAGAUAAAAAUCGUAAAUGACCAUCUUGAUUUUGAUAUUUACAGAAAACCAACUUUUUCCGAUGUUCUCAUUCAUAAUAGUAGUUCACACCCUUAUAGAAUUAAAAUGUCUGCGUUUCAUUCCCUUGUGCACAGACUUAUUUCCACUCCUCUAUCGGAGAAUAACUUCAAAAAAGAAGUUGAGAUGUUAAAGUUAUUAACAAAGAACAACGGCUACUCUCCUGACAUAAUAGAUAAAUUAAUAUUGAAAAAACAACGUGAAAAACUUUUAACUUGUAUCUAUCCACCUCAACCUAAAGAUCAAAUGAAGAGAUUUGUAUAUAUUAAUUAUAUUCCACAGAUUAGCGACAUAGUUUGUAAUAGAUUAAGAAAAAACAGAGUUGAUAUUGUGUGUACAAACAAGAAAAAUUUGAGAUCAAUGUUUUCUGAUGGUAGGGAUAAGUUAAGUGAUUCAGAAAAAAGUGGUGUAUAUAAGUUGUUCUGUGACGAAUGUCCUGCUUUUUAUGUUGGUCAAACCGGUCGUUCUCUCAAAGUUAGGGUUGAAGAACAUAAAAAAUCUAUUUUACAAAAUAAAUCCACAACGGGGUUUUCAACUCAUUGUAUCUCUUGUAACCAUUUUAUAGAUUUCAAUAAAACCAAAAUUUUACACGAAGGAGAGAAAAGUAAGCGAUUAGAUCUUUUAGAAUGUUUAGAAAUAUCUUCAGCACAUAAACAAAAAUUGCCAAUUGUGAACGAUCAGCUGGAGUUCCGCUUAUCUCCGGUGUUAACAUCUGUUUUGUUUGAUGUAUAAUUUGUACCGUUUAUUAUUCUGUUUAGUUUUGAGAAUGGGGUAAAACCCGAAACAUGCAUGUCAACGUAAUAUAAUAUUUUAUUAAAUUUGUGAACGUAUAGUCAAGUGUUUUUAUUUAUUUAUUAAUAACGAUGUUUCACCAAGUGUUGAGCGAGAGAUCUAUUUCUUU